UUACUGGUGGUGAAGGAUCGUGAGAAAUCGAAAAUGUAUCAGUAAAUCCUGCAAAGGUUUCUUUUCUUCACUCACGAAUUGCGAAAACCAACUCUAACAAAUAAGCAAAUUCUUAGUGAUAAGACGGAGAAGAAGGAGACAAAUUAUAUGGUAGACGAAACUAACGUAAAUAUUGAGGAAAUUGUUUCGUUGAUUCCUAAAACAUGCAGAAAUAAGUCAGAAUUAUUACUAGACGAGUUACAAAAAUCGGGUGUAAAAGACAGACUAUAUUGGGAUAAAAAAGGUACAGUCUUUAUCGAUGGAUGUCGUGUGGCGAAUUCUAGCAUUGUUGAUCUGAUAAAUGACGUAUUACGUCAUAGAAAAACAAUUCGUUUACAAGUGCCUUGGACAGUUGCUAACACGGAUAUUUAAUUUCCGCGCUCAUUUCUUCAUGUACGGCCAUCGUGAGGUAUUUUAGAAAAUCGAAUUGUCCUCAUGUUCAAUGAUGAUCUAGAUCCAGAAUCUUCUGAUCAAAAUUAUGUUUUCUUUGACAAACAAACUGAUGAUUAGAUGAAUGGUAAAGAUAUCGUGCAAAUAUUUAAAUUGCCGAGAAUAUAUUAUCAGCAGGGUGAAUAAUAUAUAAAUGGUUAUAAAACUGAGACAAAAAGACCUAAAAUUUUUGCUGGAAAAAAUUUAAAGAAGCAUGCUAUGGAGAAGGUGCAAAAUCUCAUGAGUGGUUCAGGGUGUAAGUCGCUGCUUAAAAAACAGAGACAUCAGUCAAUCGGUGAACUAGGUGCAUCACGUUUCGUUAGUAAAGGCAACAGCAAGUCAAGGAAGAAGAAGAGAAAGAAGAGGAAGACAAAGAAAGUAAAGAGAUUGUUAAAAAGCAAACUAAAGAAGAAAAAGAAGAAGGGAAAGAAGAUUAAGCGUAAGAGGACUGUAAAGAGACGUAUGAAAUCAAGGUAAAAGAACCUUCUUGACAUUUUUGUAAAUAAUAAUAAUAAUAAUAAUAAUAAUAAUAAUAAUAAUAAUAAUAAUUUACAAAACCUAUGACGAUUCACCUAUAGAAUUUGUCGUUCCUGGCAACGGAGAUGAGUACAUUGACCUGCCACAUAAUAUGCCUAAUCUCAAGAUAGCUUUACAAGCACCAGCUUGUCAAGUUAAAGUGCAAUGAAAUAAAAUGAAAGUUCUAUUCCUAAAAUAGCCCCUGUGAAUAAUAUAAUACACUUAAUGUGUAAUCAGGUGGAUGUAUUUUUUAUUUAUAAAUUAAUAUCGCCACCAAAAAAUGCUUAUGGUAUAUAUAUAUGAUUGGUCAUAUACACUGUGAUGUCUCUGAUGAAGAUGAAUUCUUGUUGAAUGAUGUUGAGCUCCGCCUCCGACUCGUACGUUCCAAAGAUGCUUUCUGUCUCAUGGAUCCCACAGGCAAGGCAUAUAUCCAUAUUGUAGAAGCAACACUUUCAGUUCGUUGAAAUCCCAUGAAAACCUAUUCAACCAAAUUUUACCAAAAAUAAUCUCUACGUUGAGGUAUACCACUCGUUGUUCACAGGCUGUGGUAUACAUUUCCCUAAUGAAGGAAAUGAUAUAGAUCGUGAUGAUUAUGCACAUGGAUUUUGUCUUUUUGCAUUUGAUCUAACACCAGAUUUAUCAGCACAUUACUACUCACAUUUAAAUCUUGUAAAGCAUGGAUCUUUAAGAAUUGAGUUUCGUCUCGAGGAAGCACUUGCACACACUAUCAAUUGUCUGGUUUAUACCGAGUAUGACAAUUUCUUGGAAAUUGAUGGUUCAAGACAUGUUAUUGCAGAAUACAGCAAUUGAUCUAACGUAACAAAGGAUUCGACACACAGGAAGAGCGAUUCGGACAUGUAUGGAAUCUAGUUUUAUAACAAUAGACACAUCUCGAAACCGGAUUGUGCUUGUCAACACGUGCCACUACACGUCCACGUGCACACCUGCCUGUCAAUGGUAAUAUUUGAUUUUUCGUGUGGAAGGGAAAAGCCGGUAUAUCUGCAAUAUAUAUAAGCCGCCAAGUCUUCAGUCGUAUCCCAGUACUGAUAAAGAAUACUUGCAACAUCGAACAUCGUACUAAUCAUAUAGUUUUUCGUCGCAGUCCUCGUCCACGUUGUGAAAUCAGCAAUAUGAUUGACUAUGUAAUUGAAAUUCAAGGCUUUCGCAUUCUUGAUAACAAUUUUAUACCAAACGAAGUAGCCAUCGUCACACAGGAUCACAAGUUUUUCGCUCUCUGGAUCGCAGCACCACCUCAUCCCUUUUGCGAUCUUUCUACCUGUAUAAAACAACAAAACUAUUGGCUAUCAAUAUUCUAUCAUGGAAUCGAGUGGUUCGAAGGAGACAUUUUCAUGAAGUUUCUCUACUUUAACCUCCGAGAUGUAGCUAAAUCUUCUGCUACAAUUUAUACACAUGGGCGUAAAAAAGCAAAACUACUACAAAAAAUAAUUAUUAGGCAAAUUAUUAACCUGGAAGAACUGACAUGCCCUACAUUUAAAAAACUAUCAGACAAACGGAAAUAUUGUUUUCAUCAUGGAAUCAAAUUCGAUAACACAUCGAGGACGAGGAUUAUUAUGGACGGAGAAGAUAAAAAACUAGUGCCUCUUAUACCUACAUUCAGUUCAAUAGAACACUCAUACGAAGACGUAUGGACGGACAAUAAACAGCCUAGAAAUUCUGCAAGUGCUUCAGCUGACGGAGGCCCACACAAUCGGUGUGUAGGCGGCUGAUAAAAUACCGAAAACUUCGACACAUCCUGCAGCUAUCAUUAUCAACACAGAUGACCACACAAAACUUGGCACGCAUUGGGUCGCCAUCUUCGUGGGAGCUCAGGGGGAGGAAUAUACUUUGACAGUUACGGUUUGCCUCCUCUUAUUCCUUAACAUCUUCAUCGUUUACGAGGAAACUGUACCCUCUUCAAGUGGAACACGAAGAUACUCCAGAGUGCCUCUUCGAAUGUGUGUGAUCAGUUCUGCGUUAUGUUCCUGCAUUGUAUGCGUAGUGGGUAUACUUUGCGCGAGUUUAAUGCACUUUUUCCGACGAUCUCUUGACAAAUUAUCAAAUUGUCUUGCAAUUUUAUAAAAAACUAUUAGCUAAACAUAAACUUACCUGUAAAAAUUUAUCAGGAAGUGAAACUGGGGGUAGUGGUGGAGAAUACUCA